UUUUUUGGUAAGACACAUGGGAUGGGAUGCAAGCUUUCCUGUUCUUCGCCGUCUGAAAUCGAACAACCCCUGGAUAACACAUCCUCAGGUUCACGACACAAUUCCUAGUCACUGAACCCAGCAGCUCGGGAUUGGGAAUUGCCCGCGAAAGGGGUUUAGUUUCGAUAAGGGUUUUUGUCUGUGCGAAGAUUCGAGGAUGAUCGGGAAUUUGUUAGUUCAGGCUCCUCCAUCACUCGGUAUAGCGCCAUCAUCGUCGGUGUUAAUUGCUUGUCCAAGACCUUCUCCAAAUGGGUUUCCUUGUCUCCCGCCGAAAUCUAGAACUAGGGUUUUUCCGGUCAGAGCUUCGUCUAGCUCUGACGCGGGACAUGGGCAGUCAUCGUCCUCCUCGGAAGGUAAGAAUCCGGCUAAUGUUGUUUUGGAUGUGCCGAGGAAUAUUUGGAGGCAGACUCUCCGGCCACUGAGUGAUUUCGGGUUUGGCCGUCGAAGUGUUUGGGAAGGUGGCGUGGGUUUGUUUAUUGUGUCCGGAGCUGCUCUUCUUGCUCUUAGUUUGGCUUGGUUACGUGGGUUUCAGAUGCGGUCCAAGUUCCGAAAAUAUCAGACUGUCUUUGAGUUUCCUCAGGCCUCAGGCAUCUGCACUGGAACACCGGUUAGGAUCCGAGGAGUGAAUGUCGGUAAUGUCAUCCGUGUCAAUCCUUCCUUGAAGAACAUCGAAGCUGUUACCGAGAUUGAUGAUGACAAGAUAAUUAUUCCGAGGAAUUCACUGGUAGAGGUGAAUCAAUCCGGUCUUCUGAUGGAAACUAUGAUUGACGUUACGCCAAAAGAUCCGAUUCCGGAUCCUUCAGUUGGGCCUCUGCAUCCCGAGUGUGAUAAAGAAGCCUUAAUUGUUUGUGACCGUCAAAAGAUAAAGGGACAUCAAGGAGUAAGUUUAGAUGUUCUUGUUGGGAUAUUCACUCGUAUCGGACGUGAAAUGGAGGAGAUUGGGGUUGCCAAUACAUAUUUACUAGCUGAACGAGUGGCUUCGGUUAUUGAAGAAGCAAAGCCGUUGCUCAAAAAGAUCCAAGCCAUGGCUGAAGAUGCUCAACCUUUGCUAUCGGAGUUUCGUGAUAGUGGCCUGCUUAAGGAAGUCGAGAAUCUAACUCGAAGCUUAACACAAGCUUCUGAGGAUUUGAGAAGGGUUAAUUCAUCCAUAAUGACUCCUGAGAACACUGAACUCAUUCAGAAGUCGAUCUACACUCUGAUUUUCACUUUGAAGAACAUCGAGAACAUAAGCUCGGAUGUUCUGGGAUUCACGGGCGAUGAGGCGACGAGAAAAAACCUGAAGUUGCUCAUCAAAUCCCUCAGCAGGCUACUGUGAAGAGAUAAGAGUUUUUUCGGCCUGCAACCGCAAGAUCUCCGGAAAAAAGGACUCGAGGUAAGCAAGUGGGAUAUUUUCAUUUUAGAGAGUUUUUGGUCAUAGGGGGUACAAAAGCUUGCGAUAUGGCAAAAAUCAUAUUCCAUAAGGUCAUCCUUUCAGAUAAAAGAUAAAAUGAUAGAUUUACUUUUAUUUAUAUUUAUAUUUUUUUUGCAACUUUGGCACUUUGAGGGAUGAUUUUAGGACAGCAUGGGUGUUUUCACUUCACUUCAUAGUUAUCUGAAGUUGUUUGAUGCUAUUGGUGAAUCAGUCUUUAUGUGUUUGAACUCAUUCCUUGCAUGUUUUGAAUCAGUCUUAUGUGUUCUUUAA